AUGGUACGGUACACUGUAGACAGAUCAAGAAAACAGAUGAUCUGUCUGUCCAAGUUGGAACAGGCCUCAAAAAAUAACCGAGUUUCUUUCUCUUUCCAGCAACAAGAGGUGUUCCUGACAUCACGGGUGACUCACGUGGUGUGCGACACGCGCGCGGCGUCGCCGGCGGUGCGGCCGGCGGGCCCGCGCCGUGAGCGCCGCGCCGAUGCGAUGCUGCAGCGCGUGCGACGCGACCUCGUGCCGCAAUCGCCGCACCAUAGCUACGUGCAACUCACCGUGCAGAAGGCUAUAAGUCUAUUGGAUAAACUGUAUGACACAUUCUUCACGGCGCCCCGUAAAGCGCAUGUCCGAUUCUUCACUAAACAUUUUAUCAAGAUUGAGUUUUUGGACAAGGUGUGUAGACCAGUGUACAAGGAAUUUGAUGAGUGGCCAGAGAUAUCGGUAGAGCCUGAUCUCCCAAAGAAAGAGAAGAAAGAAUCUCCAGAUAACCAAACUACUAAUACUACCAACCCUAUACAGUAUCAGCAAAUCUUAGGUCAAAAAAUGACGCGAAAAAGCAGGCCGCGGAUCAAAGAAAAAGAAGAGAAGGAACAAAAGGCUGGUUACUGUGAGAUGUGCAACGCGGACUAUGCCGACGCCGCGUUACACCGUCGCUCGCCAGGGCACUUGGCUUUCGUCCGCGACCACGCCAACUUCCUAGCGCUAGACUCCCUCAUAAGUUCUGGAGCAGACGUCGCCACCUUCCUAGACAAAGCCACCGUCAACGGCGAAAGGAGAUCCCUAAGGAAAAUAUGCAACGGGGACAUAGAACCUAAAAAUAAACGCUCCAAAAGAUCUCAGAGCCCGGACUCGGCGGUCAACGGACACUCCAGUCCGAGGCGCAACGGCUUAGAAGAAGAGAGGAAACAUAAUACGCGGUGUGCGAAGCGAACCAAUGAGCAACUAGCGGAAGACCGGCAGUAUUACAAAGUUGUGACUAGUACUAAAUUGCGCUCGAGUGGGGGCUUCCCUACUAAACGAAGAGAGUCACCACCUGCUAUGAAUGGGGCGAAGCCUCUAGUGGUGAAAUUUCGCAAGGUGCGGCGGUCUGAGCUAUCAGUGCUGAGUGACGAAGCUGAGCAGUUCAUGUUCCCCAAACGGGCAAGCUCUACCAGUUCCACGGCGUCGUCUGAUGACGACGAGGUUGCACUCAAAGUCGUCAACACGAAGCGAAAGAGCCCGCCGAAACCGCAAACACCGGUAGUCAACGAGAGGCGGCGUUUAGCGCGACCUUUAGCCUUGAAAGAGGAGUCGUCCGAAGAGGACAGUUGGCCGGAGGACAAGCGGCGGCGGAAGCGACGGGUGGCGCCGGUCGUCAAGCGAGGGCGAAGGGCCGGGCUCACGCGGGCUAUAGAACGUAGAGAAGAAGAGACUGUGGAUGAAACCCUAUUGCCGCCACCAGAACCGGCGCCCGCGGAGCCCCCGCCGGCCGAGCCCGAAGUCAGCCCCUUGAGAGAGGAACCGGUGGAGAAAUGCAUGAAGUGGGAGGACGGGAAACUCAAGUACACGCCGGCGGUGGAGCAGUUGGAAUUCGCGUUCGAGUCGGUCCCGCGAUCCGAGCCCUGGUUCGAGACAUUCCGGCGGCAGGACCAGGACCAAGUCGUGGUCAAAAACGUUCACAAGUAUUUUGAACUAUACACGACAGCGUCGCCAAAGUUACCGUACGAAAUCGGCCAGCUGCCGCCGCUGAAGCCGAACUGCUGCCCGCUGAGCGACCUCGUGAAGCGGGAGGAGAAGCCGGGGCCCUCGCGCGCCUACGGCACCCGCGGCAUGAAGAAACAGCGCGUGCGACAUCGUGCCCAAGCGCUCGCGGCCCACGACGCGCGCCCGCGGAAGUCGCCGCGCGAACACGCGUCCACCCUCGCCAUCCUCGGCUCGGCCGGCCUGCUGCAGCGCCGCCGACCCGACGACGCCAAGUCCACCGCCUCCGAGGACACAACCAGCGACGCGCCCGCCCCACGGCCGGACCCCGCCGUCGCCGAGGCUCACGAAGCCUCCGAGCGUUUACGUCAGUUCCUCUCCGACGUGUUCGAGGACGCCGCCGAGUUCGACAUGUCCGAGGCGCCCGCGGACGGCGAGCCCUCCGUCGUCGCGUCCUCCAACGCGCCCGACGUCUCCAGUUUGGUCUCCGAGUGCGAGCGCUGCGACCUCAUCCGCAGCGAGAUCGAGGCGGGCGUCGCCGAGCGCGCGCGCGGCCGCCGCGGCAAGUUCAAGAAGAAGAACAAGACCGGCUGGCCCAACAAGCGGAAGCGCGCCAAGAAGGACUCGCGCGCCGGCAGCGCCGACACCGCGCCCGGCGACCGCUCCGACGCCGACACCGACACUCGGCAGAGCACCGCCAGCGAGGACGACAGCCCGGCGCCCUCCGACCCCGACCGGACGCUCGACGGCGAGUCCGACGACGACGCCGAUCGCACGCUCAAGCGGGAAGCCGACGACGCGUCCGAGGACGAGUCGGUGCAGCUCGACCUCAAAGUGGUCGUGCAGGAGGACAAGGGCAAGGGCUCGCCGGACAAGGACGACAAGCGAAGCUCGCGCUCGUCGCUGUCGGACAGCGAGGACAGGGAACUGCGCAAGAAGCGGCGCGCGCUGCAAGGCCUGCUACUGCAGCCGGUGGUGCGCGUGGCGCGCGUGGACCCGGCAGCGGCGCGGCGCCUGCGCUCGGCCGCGCGCCCCAAGCGCGCCAGGUAGCACCGCCACCGGCGCCCCUAGUGAGCGGUAGAAUAGUCGUUAUUUAUUUUGUACGUGACGUGUCGAUGUUCACUUUGAAACUUUCGUCAGUCGCGGCGGCCGGGGCGAGCUAUCGCUGCCGAGCUCGUGAAGGUUGUCUGUGGUGUAUGAAGGAAUUCUCUCGAGCCCCGGCCGGCCGGCGUUGGAAGCAGUAUUUUAAGUUUAUUCUUGUAGAAAAGUAAUAUAUCUCGAGGCUUGAACCUUCGGAUUUAUGUGAAAUGUAAAUAGUUGUAAUAUAUACGGACGUUUCGUCAGACUAGCGUGUCGUAUGUGUGUGUGCGAAAGUGCGGUGCAUUUAGGCCUUGCGAGCUUAGUCUGUAUAUAAAUGUUACUAUGUAUGUAUGCUUAGUUUUUUUCUUUAAAAGAUGAUGUCAUUAAAAGUUGUAUAAAUGAUUAUUCUAA